GCUCCCUCGACGCUUCCCGCUCCUUGGCCUCUUUCCUCCUCCGAUUUCCGUCGUCGAACGUCCUGGUCACCGCGUUUCAUCUUUAACUAUUGCCUGUCAUGCCCAAGGUCAUCAGUCGCUCUGCCAUCUCAUCUUCAACAGACGCUCAACCGACCGCGUCAUCUGCCGCUGCUCUCCGGGUCUAUUAUUGUCUCUGUGGCGAAUUCGUUCUUGUUAUAGACAAGAGCCUCUCACUUCUUCCCAUCCGCAAGACUGAUGGGGCUAUCAUCAUCCGAUCAAAGGACGAGGGCGACCAGCGCGCCCGAGUUUUCAAACUGAACGCCCAACCGAGCGACCCUGUUCUCGUCGAGCGACAAGGUGGCCAUGAAAAAGAGUACAGAUGGCGAUGCUCUCGGUGUACGCUCUUCAUUGGCUAUCAGUCGACCCCACCGCCCGUCAAGAAUGCUCCGUUUGUGUACAUUCUUAAGGGUGCGUUGACAGAGGCGCAGGGACAGAUCCCGGCAGACGCUUUUGAGGGAGAUGAGACCCCGCAACAGUCGGAUAUGGUGGUAGAUUGAGGUUGUAGAGAUGCGGUCCAUUUGUCGUGUCGAAAACUGGCGUGAGUUUGUAUAUGUUGGCAUGUCAUUCUCACAGUGUAGAACGAUAUUCUCGAUCCAAUGUAUUCCAUAAUGAAGCACC